AUGGCCAAGUCAAAGAACCACACAAAUCAGAACCAAAACAGAAAGGCACACAGAAAUGGAAUCCACAAGCCAAAGGACUGGGAAAAACUACCAACCAGAGGAGUCCCUGCAGCAGCCCUCAAGAGCACAAGAGAGGAGCACAAGAGACUUCACCCAGUUGGAAAGAAGAGCUUAAUGUCCUUUGAGGAGAGAUUUGCCAAGGAAAUGGAAAACCCACUCAUUAACAGAAGAAGAAUGAUCAAGAAGAUUGGAAUUAGAAAGAUGGCUCUUAACGGAAUCUACCUAUAA